AUGUAUUAUUCUUCCCCAAGGAAUCUCUUAAUUUUAAAUAGUAGUACCCAUAAACCACCAUUCGACCUCAUUCAUUACCCAAUUCCAAUGGAGCACAUGCAGUCGUCGUCGUUCAUCUCAAAGCUGCCGGUAAUCAUGGCGGCGAUCGGAGAGAAGAAAUCCGAGCUCUCCGGCAAGAAGCAAGAGCUGUUGGAAGCAAAACGUUUGGGAGUGGAUGUGGAGUUGAUGAAACAACUUGAAACUCAGUGGGGGGUUCUGGAAUCAGACAUUAAUCUGUUGGAGCACACGGCUAAUGUCAUGAGAAUGGAUCUAAUCCAACGAGGGUUGCUUGUGAAUGGAAAAGUUUAG